UUGAACGAAAGAUCAAAUGACGAACCUCAUCAAAUGUCACAACCCACGACCGACACAGCAAAUAGGCUGAUCGUCUGAUUCCACGCGCGCCAACAAUGCGCUUUCCCCUCCUCCUCCUCCUCGUCGACGGGGUGUGCGCGCAGUAUGCAAGAUUCGCGAUGAUGGGAGACAACAACCCCGACCUCGAUCUCGACCCAGAUGACAGCCACAACCUCCGGGCGCCGCAGUAUUACUGGCACCCUGCGGCCGUUGCAGCAUCACCGCCCUUUUUUGCAAAGAGAGAUGGCGACUGCGGCACUGAUUCGCAUCCAUGCUCCGACAUCAACUCCACCCUCUGCUGUCCCGACACGACCUACUGCCUAGUCAACAGCACAAGCUGGCAAGCGCAAUGCUGCGACCUAGGCUCGACCUGCGGAGAGGCCUGCACGCCCAACCAGUACCUCGUCAACUACACCUCUACCAUCACGCGAUCGGCCACCACCACCCAGUCCACCUAUGCAGCAUGCGCGCCCCGCGUCUGCACGUCAACCAACUACCUCUGCCCUUCCUCCCUAGGCGGCGGGUGCUGCGCCUACGGCUCAGACUGCGGCGUCAACGCCGACGGCCAGGGCGUCUGUCUCGGCACCGCGGGUGGGACCACGUCCACCGCCUCCACCGAGGCCAUGAGCACCCUCGUCACCCCCGUCGCCUCGGGCUGCACCGCCCAGGGCCAGACCUACUGCACCGCUGGCGGUGGCUGCUGUGACGCCGGCUACGCCUGCACCCUCGUCUCGUCCCAGGUCAUGUGCAGCGCCGUCACCGCCACUCCGACCUCCUCCUUCACUGCCGCUGCGCCCACCGGCUCCGGCAUCACCGUCGAGCACAAGUCCUCAAGCGGCGACAAGCUCUCCUCCGGCGCAAAAGCAGGCAUCGCCGUCGGCGUGGUCGUGGUCGCCGCGCUCGUGAUUGGGUUCCUGACGUGGUUCUGUCUGCGGAGGCGGAGGCGCUCUGGGGCUUCUGCUCCUACCGUCUCGGGCCAGGAGAUGCGUAGUGUGCCGCCUGGAGGAGGAGGAGGUGAAGGGCAAGGGGGCAACGAGAUGGCUCAUGGUGCUGCUGGCAGCGGCUGGGGAGGCCGGAACCUGUCCGAGGCAGACGGGACGAGCCUUGGCUAUCCUGCGUCGACGGCGGGCACGAGCCGUGCCGGGCGCGUAGGCUACCAGGACUAUUUCGGCCCAGAGAACGUCCCGACGUACAUGGAGAUGGGCGCCGGAACCCUGGGCGCAGGUUUUAUUGCUGCUGGCGAUGUUGCUCGUGCUGGUGCUCCUUCUCCACCAAACGAGCACCCGUCCCCAGAGAUGUACGCCAGUGGCGUUGCUGGUGGUGGUAGGGACGCAGCAGGCCCUCACCAGAGCCCUGUAGAGAUGGCCGUGGCAAGUAAGGAUCCAUCAUCGCCGAGACGGCCUAUGGCGCAGGCGGGACAACACGCAAGGAUACCCUCGGACCGCAGCGACGGCGGCCAGAGCGAGCUCGCAGACACAUCAUCAGGGCCAGCAGCGGCGGCGACGGCGAGGGAUGUGGGCCGGUACCCGCAGGCGAGUUCGCACAGCAUAGACCAGGUAUUUGAGCUGAUGGGGAGCCCGACGUCUCCUAUAGGACCUGGUGGUGGUGGUGGUGAGGGAGAAGUCUUUUAUGAUGCGCACGAGGGCGGCGGUGGUGGUGGUGCCGUGGGUGGCAAUAGGAAUUUGCCUCAGCCUUUUCCUACGCCUGCGAGUGAGAUGAGCGAAUUUGGGACACCGAGCCCCAUGAGUCGGGAAGAAUAA